AUGUCGACCACUGCCCCACUUCGACGCUUGAACAUCGACAAUAUCAACCCCCGCGUCAAGGAGGCGAAAUAUGCCGUGAGAGGAGAGCUCGCCGUACGGUCAGAGGAAUACAGAGAACAGCUCACAAAAGACUCUCACGGACUUCCUUUCGACGAAGUCAUCUCUGCCAAUAUCGGAAACCCCCAACAGUUGGACCAGAAGCCAAUCACGUUUUUCAGACAAGUAUUGAGCUUGCUGGAGAACCCCGCGCUUUUGGAGAAGGAGGAUGUGCUGGUGAAUCAAUUGGGAUACAAGACUGAUGUUCUUGAGAGGGCAAAGUGGCUCCUGAAGACUGUUGGCUCCGUUGGUGCAUACAGUGCCAGUCCUGGAGCCACGGGAAUCAGGGAGAGUAUUGCCAGGUUUCUUGAACAACGUGACGGCCACUCUGCUGAAGCAAAAGACAUUUACCUCUCUGCAGGUGCCUCUUCAGGUGUCAGCACCCUUCUCCACAUCAUCUGCGCCACGCCAAAGACCGGCGUCUUGGUUCCCAUCCCCCAAUACCCGCUCUACACUGCAUGCCUCUCAGUCCUCGACGCACAAUGCGUUCCCUAUUACCUCGACGAGUCCAAGAACUGGGGUACAGACUUGGAAGCCAUAAAAGGUGCAUACAAGGAAGCGGUAGCAGCAGGAACAGACGUCCGCGCAAUCGUCAUAAUCAACCCGGGCAACCCAACUGGUGCAAGUCUAUCAGCAGAGGAUGUGAAGGCAGUCAUUGACUUUGCCGCUGAAAAGAAGCUUGUGAUUAUGGCAGAUGAGGUUUAUCAGACCAAUGUCUUCAAAGGCAAAUUCCACAGCUUCAAAGGCGUAUUGAGGGAGAUGCAGAAGGCCGACCCAAAAAAAUACAACCAUGUGGAGUUAGCUUCGCUGCACAGUGUUUCUAAGGGUAUUAUCGGAGAGUGUGGGCACCGUGGGGGAUAUUUUGAGCUGGUGGGCAUUGACCCAGAAGUCCAGGAGCAGAUCUACAAGUUUGUGUCUAUUAGCUUGUGCGCGCCUGUUAUCGGACAAUGUCUCGUGGAGUUGAUGAUCAACCCCCCAAAAGAGGGAGAGCCGAGUUACGAGCUGUACAAGCAGGAGUAUGAUGGCAUCUUUUCUGGGCUGGAAAAGAGGGCUUUUGCAUUAUACGAGGCGUUCAAGGAUAUGGAAGGUGUUGAGUGCGGCGAACCUCAAGGUUCUAUGUACCUCUUCCCAACCAUCACCCUCUCACCCAAAGCCAUCGAGGCAGCCAAGAAAGAAGGUCGUUCCCCAGAUGAGUUCUACGCCUUCCGCCUGCUCGAUGCCACCGGAAUCUGUGUCGUAGCUGGCUCCGGCUUUGGGCAAAAAGCCGGCUCACUGCAUUUCAGAACUACCUUCUUGGCGCCUGGUACUGAGUGGGUGGGUCGUAUUGCGAAGUUUCACAAGGAAUUAAUGGAUGAGUUCAGAUGA